AUGGCAAGCACCUUUAUUAAAGCAAUUGACAAGUCUUCUGUGCACCGUAUAUGCUCGGGACAAGUCGUGUUGGAUUUGUCAACCGCUGUUAAAGAGCUUGUUGAAAAUAGUCUCGAUGCUCAGGCUACCUCAAUUGAAAUACGCUUCAAGGAAAACGGGUUGGAAUUGCUAGAAGUGAUUGAUAAUGCAUCAAUUAAGACGCGUAAAAAAACUUUUGUAGCGUUAAAACAUUACACCUCAAAACUCCAAAACUUUGAAGACAUUGUCGAACUCGAAUCAUUUGGGUUUCGUGGCGAAGCACUCAGUUCGCUCUGUGCUCUUUCGAAACUCGUAGUUGUCACGCGUACAAAACACCAAUUAUCAUCAGGGCGACGGCUAGAAUACGAUUCUGAUGGGCGUUUGGUCAAGCAGACGUUGGCUGCGCGUGAGGUUGGAACAACAGUCACGGUAAAAAAGUUAUUUGAAAAUCUGCCAGUACGAUUUCGCGAAUUCAAAAAGAAUGCGCGACGUGAAUUCAUGAAAGCCUUAAACUUGGUGCAAGCUUAUGCAAUUAUUUGCAGUGAUGUGCGAAUAAUGUGCACAAAUCAAGUAGGGAAAAGUGAAAGAACCAAAGUAAUUGCUACACAUGGAAACAAGACCAUCCGUGAAAACAUUGCGAAUUUAUUCGGCGCGAAAAUUAUGCUGCAGAUAAUGCCUUUUGAACUUUUUCUUCAAGUGAAACCAGCGAGAACUUCCCUAUCAUCUCUAAAAAGUCAAGUCACUGAAAAAGAAAGUGAAAAUACACGAAAAAUUCAUGUUACUGGACACAUCUCAAAGCCAUCAAUCGGUAAUGGUCGUACAAGUACUGAUCGACAAUACUUUUAUAUAAAUGGUCGGCCAUGUAAUCUUUCAAAGGCUAGCAAUAACAAAUUACCUAUAUCUCACGCUUAUGAUGUGAAUGUUAGUCCUGACAAAAGGACGAUAUUCUUACAUAAUGAAGCGCAAAUCCUCGAGGCAUUAAAGAUAGAACUGAAUCUUCUGUUUCAGCCAUUCCAGUCCACAUAUGUAGUUUCAAAUUUAGAAGCCGGUGAGCUUGCAAGCAAAGAAAAUCAGUAUCUUAUUGAUAAGUUGGGCUCUAAUAAUCAGUCAUUGAGUGAACCGGAUGUAAAGUCAUUGUCACCAUUAAUUUACCAAGAGCAAGAAUCUGAAUUUAAUAAUUCGGACAUCUCCUCAUCGUCCGAGAAAUCCGCAUCAAUAUUAAUUCAAGUUGACGAUAAUAAAGAUUGCGGUACGACUAUAUUGUCUCCCACAAAGUUCAAUCCCUCAGAAAAGACUUCAGUUGUAUAUAAUAUUUCCAAGAACAAUUCUGUACCAAUAUUAGACAGUAGAGUAGAAAAAUCUAAUAAGUGUAUAUUACCUUCUUCCGAGCGUAUAGGUCAACUAAGAGAAAAAAGUUCAUUUAAUAAAAAGAUUACAGAAGAGUCAUUAGAAAUACCUGCUCCGAAAGAAAGCACAAGGCAUGUUAUAAACAAUGAAAAUGUAGAUGACGCUAAACAAGACGUCGAUGAUGAUGAUGACUCUGUUCCUAUUAUUUCUGAUACAAAGAUAGAGAAUUCUGAAUCACCUUUUGAAGACUCAUUGUCUCCACCUCUGAAAAAUGCAUCGUAUCAAAAUGAAGAAUCAAGAAACCUUGAUGAAACAAACUCUCUCGCCAAUAUAUCCGAGAAUAUUCUUUCAACAGAUUGUAAAACAGAUGAUUAUAAUAAACUAAUUGUAGAUUCUGACGAAACAAUCAAUGUUGAUUUCGAUAUCAACCGAUUCAAACGAGGGAAAGUAAAGCGUUCUUUAAAGCAGCGACCUGAACAUCCUAAACCACGUUUAGAUAAAGCCGGACUCGACGUCCCUGAUAACGAAACGGCAGAGCGUGAACUUAGCAGAGUAAUCUCCAAAACCGAUUUCUUUCGUAUGCGAAUAAUAGGACAAUUCAAUUUAGGAUUUAUUAUUACGAAAUUGGAUAACUCCGCGAAUGGCGGUGGCGAUUUAUUUAUUAUUGAUCAGCACGCGUCAGAUGAAAAGUACCAUUUUGAAACGUUGCAACUUUAUACAAAGAUUCAUUCUCAAAGGCUGAUUAGUCCGAGGGCUUUACAACUUUCAGCAAGCGAAGAAAUUAUGGCAAUCGAGAAUAUUGAGAUAUUGCGAAAAAAUGGAUUUGAUAUUGAGGUACACGAAGAGGCUCCGGUGACACACAAACUGAAACUUAUAUCACAGCCGGUUAGUAAAAAUACCGUUUUUGGAGUACAAGAUUUAGAAGAAUUGAUAUUUUUAUUGUCCGAGAGACCGGGAGUGAUGGUACGAUGCUCGCAUGUGAGAAACAUGUUUGCCUCACGAGCUUGUCGAAAGGCUGUCAUGAUUGGUGACGCGCUGACUAGACGGCAAAUGCAAAAGAUUGUGAAACAUAUGGGUGAAAUCGACCAACCUUGGAACUGCCCACAUGGUAGACCAUCAAUGCGACAUCUAUUUGACCUAUCACAAAUUGAAAACUAUAAAUCGUACACCACCCGACUUGGAAAUAAUAACGGGAGUCUCUAUCAACUUUUAACAAAAGAUCCUUGUUAA